AUGGUGUCAAAGGCUGCACUCAGGUCUAGGAGGAAGAGGAUGUUGAAUAUUAACCAAGAAGUGACCGCUGAAACAGAGUCAUGCUUUCCUAAUAUGUGCAAGUUCCUCAAAGAGUUUCGGGCAAUAAAAGAGAAACAAAAAACUAUAGAAACAAGCAUGAACGAGAAUCAGGAGGCUCUUGAAACAAAGCUGAAGGAGACUGAAAAACUGGUUCUGGAGCUAAAGAAGAAAGAAGCACAAAAGGUCGUAUUCAGUGCCCCAGCAGGGGGAAGUUGGUCUAUUGGGCCUUUUACCACAGAUACAACCAUAAUCUACAGAACAAAUGUGGGCAAUGCUUACAAUCAGCACACAGGUAUUUUUGCUGCACCUGUUGCAGGUACAUAUUACUUCACCUUCUUUUAUCAUGCCGGAGGAUCAGAAGCUGUAAGGCUAGCCCUUAUGAAGAACAAUGAGGUUAUUGUGACUGCCUACGACCAUAAGACAUCUCAUGAUGGGGCUGAUAAUGGAGGAAAUGCAGCAUUUCUGCAACUGCAGCAAGGAGACCAUGUCUAUAUGCGGUUAGGUUAUAAUACUAAUGUCUGGGGGGACAGCCAUAUCACUACAUUCAGUGGGAUUCUUCUGCAUUCACCCUGAAAUGAAGUAUACAGGAGUUUUUUUGUUUGGUUUUAUCAAUUGAUCUACCUGUAAAUAAAAUUGCAUUAUCACAUUCAUAUUUCUGGUCCUU